AUGGAUACGCCACUCGAUAUUGCCAAAAGGGAAAUUCGUGAAUCUCUAAAGUUUAGUGCUAUAAAGGCGUGUGUAUUAUGGUACAAGAAAACUGUGUUUCAACAAUUGCUGACCGAACUUGCUGAAAUUUGGCCUGUGCCUCCACUAACGGCUGAAAGUCAAAGGUCCAAAUACAAAAGUUUGAGUACUUUGCGCAGAGUUCAUGCUUGGUACUUCGCAGUUAACAUAUUCGGCGUGUGGGGUUAUAAUCUGACACCGAUAUGUAAGCACUACUAUCGCCGAUACAAUGGUGAAGAAUCUCAAAUCGGUACCAUUUGGUCAUCCUGGUAUCCUUUUGACAAAACACAACCAGUUCCUCACUUUUUUGUUUACCUCUUCGAAAUUUUAAUGGGUCAAGUGUGUGUGUGGAUAACAUUAAGUAUGGAUUUAUUAUUUUCGGGAAUGGCAAGCCAUAUUGUAUUGUUACUACAUUUUCUUCAAAGCCAACUUAAAUCAUUAACAGUUUUAAAUAAAUCAGAGGAGGAAUAUCAUCAAGAAAUUGUUAAUUGUAUAAAACUGCACCAACGUUUAAUUAGAUAUUGUUUUGACAUUGGGGAAGCUUUUUCGUUCAUAAAUUUAGUAAACAUUGUAGUCAGUUCAAUCAAUAUAUGCUGCGUUUUUUUUACCAUAUUGGUUUUGGAUCCCUUCCUGGCGAUUAGUAACAAACUUUUCUUGGUGUCGGCUUUACUACAAGUUGGAAUGCUCUGUUGGUACGGACAAGACAUAAUCCAUGCGAACUCAAACAUAUCAAUAGCGGCAUAUAACAGCGGAUGGUAUGAAAUGACGCCACGAUGUAGGCGUGCACUCCUCUUAAUGAUACAAAGAACACAAAAACCCAUAGGAUUCACAGCUAUGAAUUUUACAUAUAUAUCCUUAAUGACAUAUACGGCGAUAAUGACACGAGCAUAUUCCUAUUUCGGCCUGCUCUAUACUUUGUACAAUAAAAACCAAGGUGAAUUGGCGUGUCUUUAUGUUACAUCUAUAACUACGCCACAGGUUGAUCAAGUAGUUCCUUUACUUCACAUAGUUGGCUAUGGAACAUUGGGACAAUCAUGUGUAUGGGCGAUGAUUGGUUCUGACCUUUUGUUUACUGGAAUGGUCAACCACAUUAUUUUAUUAUUAAAAAUUUUACAACAACGGCUCAGAAAUCUAGGCAGAACUGAAAGCUCUAGUGAAGAGGAUGGCAAGAAGCUUAUUGAAUGUAUCAAACUACAUCAAAGGCUGAUUAAAUACUGCAAAGAUUUAGAAAAUGCCUUUUCUCUCGUCAACCUUAUAAACAUUUGUCUAAGCUCUGUUAACAUCUGUUGCGUUCUUUUCGUAAUAGUGUUAAUAGAGCCAGCGUUAGAAUUGAGCAACAAGUUAUUUUUUGGCGCAUCACUAAUUCAAAUUGGUUUACUAUGUUGGUAUGGAGAUGAUAUAAUACAAGAGAAUGCGAAAGUAGCAGAGGCAGCUUACAACAGUAAUUGGUACACGUUACGUCCCCGAUGUAGACGAAUUUUGGCAAUUCUAAUACAAAGAGCUCAACAGCCCAUUGCGUUUACAGCUAUGGGUUUCACCAAAAUAUCACUUAUUACCUAUUCUGCUAUUCUUACAAAAUCGUAUUCGUACUUCACGCUGCUUUACACAAUGUAUAGCCAAGAUUAA